AGGGAAAUGGGUUUUAUUCUUUUCAUGUUUGGAAAUAUUCUUGAGUUGUUUUUGUUGGGUGCUUUAAUUUACCCACUGCCAACCAGCUUCGAUUCUCUCUCUCUCUCGCCGUAAUACAAAUCGAGAGACCCUCUCAGGUGGGGGGGCCUCUGUCAUGCAUGAUGUGCUUUGAUCUGUUGUGGAUGCUCUGCUCAGAAAAGAUUUCUUGCUUUUCAUCCCUUUCUUUAUCUUUCCUUUUGUGGGUGCCUUUCUCUUUCUGAGCUUAUAGGCGGUUGCAGGAACGGUGUGUAGCUGGUGUAAGCAAGAGUAGCUGAUGCAGAUUCAUGGAUUUUAUUCCCUUUUUCACCCACCAGUAGGGUAUAAAUAGAGAUUGCCAAUUUGGGUUUUUCUUCACUGCAGGAGUUCCUUCUCAAUCAUUGCGGAAUAGGGGGGGAUUUGUUAGUGCGGUUCUUCGGGCUGUGAAAAUGAGCUUCUCUACUAGCUCUGUUGUUUCAGGUAGUAGGACUGUUAGAAGGACAUUCGAAUUUGGAAGGACCCAUGUGGUCAGGCCCAAAGGCAAACACCAGGCCACCAUAGUCUGGCUGCAUGGUCUCGGUGAUAAUGGUUCAAGCUGGUCCCAGCUCCUGGAAACACUUCCUCUUCCAAAUAUUAAAUGGAUAUGCCCAACUGCUCCUACACGACCCGUAGCAGUUUUUGGUGGAUUUCCUUGCACUGCAUGGUUUGAUGUAGGAGAUCUUUCAGAAGAUGCUCCUGAUGAUGUGGAGGGUUUAGAUGCUUCAGCAGCACACGUUGCAAACUUGUUGUCAACAGAGCCUGCUGAUAUCAAACUUGGUAUUGGAGGCUUCAGCAUGGGUGCUGCCACUGCACUCUACUCUGCCACUUGCUAUAUUCAAGGGAAGUAUGGGAAUGGAAACCCUUACCCUGUCAACUUAAGUGCAGUUGUUGGUUUAAGUGGUUGGCUUCCAUGUUCAAGGAGCUUGAGUAACAAGAUAGAAGGUUCGCAUGAGGCUGCAAGGCGUGCUUCAUCCUUGCCCCUUUUGCUAUGUCAUGGCAGAGUUGAUGAUGUGGUCCUCUACAAAUAUGGGGAGAAAUCUGCACAGGCCUUGAAUACAACUGGGUUUCGUAAUCUUAUGUUCAGAACCUAUAACGGGCUUGGCCACUACACUGUCCCAGAAGAGAUGGAUGAGGUCUGCAAUUGGCUGAAUGCAAGGUUGGGGCUUGAUGGGUCUCGCUCGUAAUUGCAGAACCAUUUCUCAUUUUCAAGUAAUAGCUAGUGAGGAAGAAA